UCUGCCCUGGAGAACGGGAGGCUGAGGGGAGACGGGAAUAUCCUCAGCAACUCCCUGACAGGCGGCUGCAGAGAGCUGGGGGUCGGGCUCUGCUCCCCAGCGAUAAUAGGAGAGGAAAUUACCUCCGUUUGCACCAGGGGAGGCUGAGGCUGGAGCUGAGGCUGAACUGUUUCCCUGAGAGGGGUGUCAGCCCCUGUGCCAGGCUGCCCCGGGAGCUGGGGCAGUGCCCAGCUCUGGAGGGAUCCCACAGCCCUGGAGCUGAGGUGCUGAGGGGUCACUGCUGGGCUGGGCAGGGUGAGGGGAGAGCUGGGGCUCCAGGAGCUUCAAGGGCAUUUCCAACCAAAAUUACCGUGAACUGGCCCAAAAGGGACAGAUCUCUGCUUGACCUGAAGAGCAGCCACACAACAGAGCUGUUGGGCGCUGCACGACCUAAUGGGGUUGUGUUCAGGGAGCUGUUGCCAAAACUCCCUGGGUAAGAAGGAACCAGGCUGCUGGGUCCAUUCCUGUGGGCCUGGAACAAACCACAAGAUGGUGCUGCCGUUAUAGAUGAUGGGAAAAACCUCUCAGCAGCAUGGGGCUCUUAACCCAGAGAGUUAAUGAAUUCAUCACCUUUAAUCACCCCCGGUUCCACAUCUCAAAGCAAUGCUGCUCCUGUUAGAAAUCACUGCAUAACCUGCACCAUAUCUUUCCCACUUGUGGGCAGGUAGCUGUCAAGGAUGUGGGAAUUCCACGGAAUCAGAGCCUUGUUUGACACGAAGUUCUCUUGGUUCUUUGAAAAAUCAUUUGAAUGUGUGUUGAGGUUUUCUUUUCCAAAGGAAAAUACAUUUAAGGAACAAUUUUGUCCAACAUCUCACAGGUUAAAAUACGUUUUCCAAUACAAUAAAAGAACUUUGGAAAGUUUCACUGGGUUUAGCAAGGCUUUUUAGAGGUUGGGUCACUUUUAUGACCACUUUAUCAGCUUUGUUUAUUGCCUCUGCACCCUGCCCUCAUCAACAGACAGUAAACCCCUUUGUAUUUACAAAGCAAUACAAUCAGUACAAGGUCAAUCACCAGGCUGAUGGCAUGUACCUUGUUAGAAGAGCUCUUUAUUCAAGCUCUUCUCGAGUUUGUGUACAUGCCUUGUCCUUUCUUCAGUUAGAAAGCAUAAGUUAAGCUAGAGAAAUACUGCAUAUGUAAAUCAGUGGUGGUUAGUCAUAGCAAAUACUGCAGUAGCCUCCGUGCCAUUUGUCACAUUUAUUGCAUCCAAUACCAUCUGGUUUUCUGCACAAGUUUAGAGCUUUAUUAACACUUUGUCUGGACUGUGCAACAACUGAAAGCAGGCUGGAUUCAAUAGUUAUUUCCCUCUGGAUGUCUGGAUAGGUCUGUGAAGAGAUUUCACAUUUGUAGCUCAAGAGAAGGCUGCUACCCUGCAUUCUCCCACGGGAGCCUUUCAGCCUGAGAGUGCAGUGAAGGAAACAGGUGGAACAAGAUGAAAAUGGACUUUUCAUACACUGUUGACUGUUUUAGAGGCUGUUUCUGUCUGUAUUUUUUUAAUAUCUCUCUCUCUGGCAUUUAUUACUGAAAAAUAUUCUCAGCUCUUUGCCUGUCUCCCAGGGAAGUGUCUGUCCAAGCAGAGCUGCUCCUGGGGCUUACAGCCUUGUUCAAACCAAAAUGUAUCUGUCAGCUGAAGAGCUUUUGAAAUCAACUUUAAAUGUUUGGAUUAGUUAUUACACCUUUCAGAAAUAUUUCAGUGCUUGAUAGUCAAAACUGAAAAGCUAGAGGAACUUAAUCUUUGGGGGACAGUUGUCUAUUGUUUUUUGACUUACAAUGCAGAGCUGUGGUAAGUGAAUUUACAAUCAGUUUAAACAAGUAAUUUUCAGAUCUAUUUGUUCAGUUUGAAAACCAGAUCACUGUAAAUAAGAUGUUGUGACAUCUCUCUUCCCACACCUCCCUAUGCCUUCCAGCUCUACAGCCUGGCUCCCCAGAGAGCUGGCUGACAAUAAGUGAUGUGUGUGUUCCCAGCAAAUUAAUAGAAGGCUUUUGAUUAUCUCAUCUGGUUUGGUGCUUAAAGGGAGGUAGGGAGCAAGGGCUGAGGCAGAGGUGGGAUGUCAGGGCACCUAUAGUUCUUAAAGGCCCCGAUAAACCUAAGCUCAGGCUUCCAUCCACACCCUCUAACUGGGGACCCAUUUAAGACUGGGCCUGGGAACAUCCUUUUUCACCCCAGCUGCUGUUGUAGAUGUGCCUGUUUCUGUGUCAUUCUGAAAUCCUUAAAUAACGUUGAUCAUACGAGGCAGAUGAAACAAUUGAUCAUAGAAUUGAUAACAGAAGACUGUGUGUUCUGUAAACAGGGAUGACUGCAGAGGUUUCUGAGAUAUAUAGUGAUUGCUAUCAAUUUCUCUGAGGUUUGUUUUUUUAAAUCUAGAGAGAAAUGUAGUAAAUGAAUCAAAGGCAGAGUCAUCAAAACUGAAAAGGGACCAUCUUGCCUUGGGAAUGUAUGGUUUGAGCGUGGCCCUGGGGUGCUGUGUGCUAAAUCACUUCAGUAGCCAGUCAGAUGUAAAGGAUUGGCUAGCAGAGAAAGCAGCUUCAGAUUCUGCUCUGUAAACAGAGCGGUGUUGCAAAGCUCUGAGAGGCAGCUCAGAGAGGAAGGCACUGCUUGCAUUUGAGUGCCUGUGACUGCAGGCAGCUGAGAGCAGGGAAACCAAGCACUGCUCCAGCCUUUGCUUGCAGCUCGGCAAGAGGUGGGAAAGGACUCCAGCAAGGCAGAGAGUGGAGAAACAGCUGCUCUUCACUGGCUUCACUGGUCACUUCAUUUGGAUGAGAGUUGAGCAGGAAAAAUUGCCUUGGGUACGGGGUGAUGAGCAUGGGAAGAUGAUGUGAAGUCAAGGGACUGUCUGAAAGGCAUUCUCUGGAACCAAGCAGCCCUUCAAAGCUAAGGCAGCAAUUGUUUGGGACCUCUUGGGAUCAUAGUCCUGGGAAGAACAACAACAAAUUCAGGAGUACUAUGGAUUCAAAACCAAACCAAUAGCUAUUGCCAAACCUCCAGCAGCCACAUCUGCUUUGAAGCUGAGGUUGGGACACUGCUGGAAAGCAUUCAGAAAGGAAACAACCUGUGCUGGCCAGGUCCUGGGGAAGCAGGUGGCCAAAGGAGGCUUUUCCUUCCUUGCACCGUUAUGGUCUCUGAUUAAAUGUUCUCGUCUGAGUGUGGAAGAGGCAAGAAAAGCCUCUGCAAAUUACUUCCUGUUGCCAAAAGCAAAGAAACCCUUUUCAGUUAGAGUGUGGGCCCACUGGUGAUCUCUUGGAGGAUGUCUGGCCAGGACACUGAGGACUUUGGAGCAGAAAACCUCUCGGAGGAGUCUCGGAUGAUUCCAAGGCUCCCACCCUACGACAUGGAGAAGCAGCUCCUUCCCAGGGAGCCUCGGAGUGCCUGGUGCUGCUUGGCAUGGACCCUGCUUAUAGUCACCAUGAACUCCUUGGUCUUUUUGAUGAAUUUGCUCCUGCUGUUUGUUAUCUUCACCAUCGUGCUGCUUCCUACCAUAGUGGUGGUUUACUUUGGCUUCCAGUGCCACUCUCGGGUGCUGCACUCAGCUGCCCACUACUGCAAAAGCAUCUUGGAUGACAACAGCUCUUCUGCCCUCAUUAUCCUUGGCUUUGUCAUCAUGUCCCCUCUCAUUGUGGCGGCCAUGGCUAUCUACUGCAGCCUGGCAAGGCGUCUCCAUCUCUUCAUGUGCUUCCAGCCCUACAGCAAGGCUGUGUACAAGGGAGAGAAGUGGGGCUGGUACAAGGAGGGAGGCCUGUGCCACUGUGCCAAGGGGUGGAACACUCAAGUCAAGGCCUGGGUGUGAGUUUGCAGCAGCAGAGGCUCUGCCCUAGGCAGCACCCUCUUCUCCCUGCCCAUCCUUCCCCACCAUCACCUCCUAAAACCACUGUCCCGAGGUCUGUGUAGAUGAAGGCUGUGUGGUAGCUAGAUGUGAGAGGAAGGGAGGUCCAUUAAUGAGCCAUCUCCUACAGAUUCUGCCCACCAUGGGAAAAAUACAAAAAACUACAAGUCCUUGGUGUUCCUCAGGUCUGAAUCGAUGCUUAGCUGAGUCAGCUGGAUCCCUCUUGUGACCUCUGAAGUAAUACCCUAGAUCUGUCACGAGCCAUUAAUUGCAACUGAGUUGAAAGCACAGUGUAUGUGAGGAGGUCUGGCAGGUAGGGAAAAGCACCAUGCAUGAUCCUGCCCUUUCAAAUCCCUGUGGGUGUCUGUAGUGUUCCUUUAGUGGUGUCUGUGUGCUGCUGAUCACUGUAAGCUGUGUGCUCCCACUGCCUCUUGUUCUCCUGUCUCCCAAAUACAACGAUUUCA